AUGGCGAUAACGGGCAUCAGAGGACAGUGGCUGGAUAUGUGGAUUUUCUUUUGUCUGGUACUCUUGAUUGGGAUUAAAUUGGAAGGUAUCGCUGCUCAAAUAAGGUAUUCCAUUCAGGAAGAACUCAAAUCAGGGGCGGCAGUUGGGAAUGUGGCCAAAGACCUUGGGUUAGAUCUUGCAAGACUGACGGACAGAAAUCUUCGCGUCGUGUCAGGAACAAAGCAGGAUCUGUUUAAGGUAAAUCCGAGAGAUGGAGUUUUGUUAGUCAACCAGAGAGUAGACAGAGAGGAGCUAUGUGCAAAAACUGUUCCAUGCAUCACAAAUCUGAAAGCAGUUGUAGAAAAUCCUCUGGAAAUGCACCAGGUAAUUAUAGAAAUACUCGAUGUAAACGACAAUUCGCCGAGAUUUCCCGAAGAAAACUACACAUUAGAGGUGCUGGAGUCCUCCGUAGUUGGAUCGCGAUUUCAAGUGGAAGGAGCCCACGACUUGGAUGUUGGUUUGAAUUCCUUACAGUCAUAUAAGCUAAACCAUAACCAGUAUUUUCGCCUGGAAACGGAGGAAUUUGGGGAGGACGGAAAAGUUCCGUUCCUGAUUUUACAACGACCUUUGGAUAGAGAACAGACUGCUCAACUCUGGUUACUAUUAACAGCUACAGACGGAGGAAAACCAUCAAAAUCUGGUACAAUUAAUAUCACUGUUAUUGUGUCUGAUAUAAAUGACAACUCACCGGUGUGUGAUAAACAGAAAUACACCAUAACAAUAAAGGAAAACGCACCUCCAGGGACAUUCCUGUUGAUAGUAAAUGCAUCUGACUCGGAUGAGGGAAUGAACGGUGAGAUAGAAUAUUCUUUAAGGAGUAAACUUAGAGGACUCUCAUCUGACCCGUUUGAUCUGGAUAGCAGAACUGGCAAACUAACAGUGAAAGAAGGCCUUGAUUACGAGGAAAAGCAAGUCUAUGAGAUUAAGGUGCUGGCUGCGGACAAAGGUGCCGUGUCUCUCUCCACACAAUGCAACGUGGUUGUUAGAGUGGAAGAUGUGAAUGAUAACCAACCCGAAAUAGAGAUCACAUCCCUUUCAAGUCGAAUUCCAGAGGAUGCACCUCUUGGCACGGUGGUAGCGUUGAUGGGUGUGACGGACCUUGACUCAGGUGUGAAUGGACAGGUGGUCUGCAGUGUGCCCGGACAUUUACCUUUUGACUUAAAGCCAUCUCCUGACGGACAGUCAUUCUCUUUGGUCACCAAUGAUUUCUUGGAUAAGGAAACAAUACAUAUGUAUGACAUUACAAUAACGGCUAAAGACUUGGGGAGCCCCUCCCUUUCAUCUACGAAGGUGAUUCAAGUAGAUGUGCUUGAUGUUAAUGAUAACAGUCCUUUGUUCACUGAAAGCCCAUAUACUUUUUAUGUGCCUGAAAAUAACAAGGCCGGGAUGUCAUUUUUUUCAGUGAGCGCAACAGAUGCUGAUGGAGGUGAAAAUGCAGCAGUCACAUAUUCACUUGACCGAAAGAGUCCGGGGCCAACUGUAACCUCCUUUUUAAACAUGAACGAAGCCAAUGGCACGAUUUCAGCGCUAAAAAGUUUUGACUUUGAAACACUGAAAAAUUUCCAGUUCCACGUUGUUGCGUCAGAUUCUGGAACUCCGUCACUAAGCAGCAACGUCACAGUGAACGUGUUCAUUCUGGAUCAGAACGACAACGCUCCAGUCAUCCUGUAUCCAGUCAGCUCUAACGGUUCUGCUGAAGGUGUGGAGGAGAUUCCCCGCAACGUGAACGCAGGACACUUGGUGACUAAAGUCAGAGCCUAUGACGCUGAUAUAGGAUAUAACGGCUGGUUACUGUUUUCACUGCAGGAAGUUACUGACCACAGUCUCUUUGGUUUGGACCGUUAUACAGGACAGAUCAGAACACUUCGCUCAUUCACAGAGACAGACGAGGCUGAGCAUAAACUGGUCAUACUGGUCAAAGACAAUGGCAACGUUUCACUCUCAGCAACAGCUACUGUCACUGUCAAACUUGUGGAGCCAAAAGAGGCUUUUGCAGCUUCUGACGUUGUCAGUAAGGGAAACGACCAAGGAGAAAAUAAUAUCAUAGUUUAUUUGAUUGUAACGUUGGGAUCAGUGUCUGUACUUUUUCUCAUCAGUAUCAUCGUGCUGAUUGCAAUGCAGUGCUCAAAAUCCACAGACUAUACUUCUAAAUAUCUACAAGAGACUAAUUAUGAUGGGACACUGUGUCACAGCAUUCAGUACAGAUCUGGAGACAAACGAUACAUGUUAGUUGGACCCAGAAUGAGUAUAGGAUCUACUAUAGUCCCGGGCAGUCAUGCGAAUACACUAGUCCUCCCUGACAGGAGGAAAACUUCUGAAGAGUGUCACUAUCCAUGGUGCUGA